CUGAACCCGGUCGCUGUGAAUAUUCUGGGGACCAGAGUGGACGCAGCUUCCUUCUCCUGGACAAGAAAGGAAUCAUUCCAAAAAACUUCAGAAAGGCCACCUACAAUUAAUAAGAAAUGUUAAGACUGCCCAAAAAAGGCUUACCUAGAUUUGAUCAAAUUCAAGAUGAAGAAACCUACCUGGAAAACUUGGUGGUACAGAGAAACGCUUCUGCUUUUUUUGAGAAGUACGACCGGACGGAAGUGCAGGAGUUGCUAACCACGGCCCUGGUCAGCUGGCUGUCCGCCAAAGACGACGUCCGCUCUCAGCUCGACCUCCCGUGUGGAAUUAUGACCCAAAUGAACAAUGUGGGCUUCUCCACUGCCAUCCUGUUGACUCCUGUGGACCCGACUGCCCUCUUAGACUAUAGGGAAGUCCAUCAAAUCAUAAGGGAGUUGGCUGUUGGAAUUUAUUGCUUAAAUCAAAUUCCCUCAAUCAGUUUAGAAGCUAAUUACGAUCAGAGUUCCUCUUGUCAAUUACCACCCGCUUAUUAUGAUACCAGAAUUGGGCAAAUUCUGAUCAAUAUUGACUACAUGCUGAAAGCAUUGUGGCACGGGAUAUACAUGCCCAAAGAAAAACGAGCCAGAUUCUCUGAACUGUGGCGUACUAUCAUGGACAUUGAUCCAGACGGGAAGCCUCAAACCCAAAAAGAUAUUUUUGCAGAGUUUAGUUCUGCAGGCCUGACUGAUGUCACGAAGGACCCAGACUUCGAUGGGAUCUAUGACGAAGACAUGAAUGAGGAUCCCACGUACGAUCCCAAUAGCCCUGAAGAAAAAGCUGUUUUUAUGAAAUAUGCUGAAAACAUUAUGCUGAAAUUAACAUUCAGUACCACACAAGUUCAGCAGUAUGAAAAUGUUUUUAUAUUUGAAGCAGCCUAUUGGCUUACAAAUGCUAUAAAAUGUACUCAGGACUAUCUUGAUAUUUGUACCUACCAGAGGCUACAGCAAAGAUUGUAUCUCCAGAAAAAGAUUAUUCAAAAACACUUUGAGAAGAAAAAAGAAAUCAGAAGAGGGAUAGGAUACCUAAAGUUAAUAUGUUUUCUGACUCCAUUUUUAUUGAGUUUAAAAAAGAAGAUGAAAGUUCCAUAUUUAAGUAGUCUGCUUCCGCCUUUUUCAGAUGACAAGGUCAAGACAGAGCGAGAAUUGCCUCCGUUUAUUUAUGGACGAGAUUUUAAAUGUCAGCAUUUUCACUACAAAGAGGAUCAAUAUUUUCAUGUUCAUGGAGGAGUUGAAUUUGAUAUCAGCACACCUUCAAUUGAGAAUGCUUUGGAAGAUUUUAAGAACAAUUUAGAAAAAAUACGGGAUUGUGCUGCCAAUGCAUUUGUGGAAGAUUCGGGAUACAAGGAACAUUACUCAAUACCAGUCAUGGAACUUAAUGGAAAAAGCUACUAUGUGAUCUGUUUUGAACUUGAAGCUUUCUAUCAUCAACUAUACAAGACAAAAUGGUGGGGAGCCAUAAAUGAAGUCGUGAACAGUCUGAAACCAAAAAGGCUUCCACUAACAGAUGCUCAAUUACAUGAACAAUUUAAGAAAAAAUUUGGUUUCAAAAAAGCUAUGAAAUGCAAGAGCAUCCCAUUUGGGAUGAAGUCUGCUGUUGAAAGAGGAUUGUCUGCUGUUUUCCAUACAUUUAGCCGUAAAACCUCAAGCUUGACCAUCAACGUUUCAGACGAAUCAGGUUAUGCCAUUUUCCAUCACGCCGCCCUGCACAACAGAGUGGCUAUCGUAUGUCAGCUGCACAAUGCGAACUUCAACGUCAACCAGAGACGCUUUAUUACGUUUAGUCAAGAGUCAUCAAAAAUGGACAUGAAAAAAGAAAGAAAUGGUCCAACACCUCUACACCUGGCAGCGCAGGCUUGCUCAUUGGAGACAACCAUCUGUCUGCUCUGUUUCAAAGCUGAUUAUACGCUUUCUGAGAAAAGAGGCUGGAUGCCCAUUCACUUUGCUGCUUUCUAUGACAAUAUUGGCGUCCUCACUGCCCUUUAUAGGAAGGAUCCUAGUUUGCUGGAGGCAGAGGCAACAGCUGAGAAUCAGUGUACUCCCCUGCUACUCGCUGCCACCUCGGGAGCCCUGGACACUAUUCAGUACCUAUUUUCUCUUGGUGCUAACUGGAGAAAAACAGACAUCAAAGGAAAUAAUAUAAUUCAUUUAUCAGUGCUAACUUUUCACACAGAGGUUCUCAAACAUAUAAUAGAGUUAAAUAUUCCUGAACUCCCAGUUUGGAAAACUCUGGUAGAAAUGUUGCAUUGUGAAAGCUAUAAACGACGGAUGAUGGCUGUGAUGUCUUUGGAAGUAAUUUGCUUAGCAAAUGAUGGAUACUGGAAAUACAUUUUGGAUGCAGGUACCAUUCCUGCCUUAAUCAAUCUAUUGAAAGGCUCCAAAAUAAAAUUACAGUGCAAGACAGUCGGGUUGUUGAGUAAUAUCUCGACCCACGCCAGCGUCGUGCGAGCUGUGGUGGAGGCCGGGGGCGUCCCGGCCCUGAUCCACCUGCUGGCGUCGGACGAGCCCGAGCUGCACUCCCGCUGCGCGGUCAUCCUGUACGACGCCGCUCAACUCGAGAAUAAGGACGUUAUUGCCAGAUACAAUGGAAUCCCAGCUCUAAUAAGUCUUUUGAGGUUAGACAUAGAAAAUGUGCUAAUAAAUGUAAUGAACUGUAUACGGGUGUUAUGUAUGGGAAAUGAACAAAACCAAAGAGCAGUGAGAGACCAUAAAGGCAUCCGAUAUCUUAUCACAUUUCUGAGUUCUGAUUCAGAUGUGCUGAAGGCUGUAUCUUCUGCCACAAUCGCUGAGGUUGCCCGUGACAACAGGGAUGUUCAGGACGCUAUUGCUCUGGAGGGAGCCAUUCCUCCUCUGGUGGCUCUUUUUAAAGGGAAACAACUUAGUGUCCAAGUGAAGGGAGCAAUGGCUGUGGAAUCACUGGCUAGUUACAACCCGUAUAUACAGAGAGCAUUUCUGGAAAAAUCAUUAAGUAAAUAUCUUUUAAAACUCCUCAAGGCGUUUCAAACAGAUGUUAAGGAACAAGGAGCUGUAACCCUUUGGGCCUUGGCGGGACAAACCCUGAAACAGCAGAAGUACAUGGCAGAGCAGAUCGGAUACAACUUUAUAAUAAACAUGCUUUUGUCGCCGUCUGCUAAAAUGCAGUACGUUGGAGGUGAGGCGGUCAUAGCCCUAAGUAAGGACAGCAGGAUGCAUCAGAACCAGAUCUGCGAGGGCAAUGGCAUCGCUCCGUUGGUUCGCUUACUGAGGAUUAGUAAAAUCGCGGAAGGCACACUUCUGAGUGUCAUCAGAGCCGUGGGGUCCAUUUGUAUUGGUGUCGCCCAUACAAGUAAUCCUAUCAGUCAACAAUUUGUUGUAGAGGAAAAUGCCUUUCCAGUACUUAUUCAACUACUGAGAAAUCACCCUUCUCCUAACAUCAAGGUUGAAGUGGCAUUUACCUUGGCAUGCAUUGUCCUAAGCAAUGAUCUGUUACAGAACGAAUUACAAGAAAACGAAGGAUUUAGGUAUGCAGAUGUCCUUCAACUUCUUCACUCACCAGAUAAGGAUAUCUGUUUAAGGGCAGGCUAUGCAUUAUCCCUUUUUGCCUUCAACAAUCGCCUUCAACAAUACUUAAUUUUGGAAAGUGGAAUAAUGACCAUAUCAAUCUUUGAACCCUUUCUUGAAUCUACAGUUGAAACUGAGAAGGCAAUGGCAGCAUUUCAGAUUAUUAUCUUAGCUAAAGUCAUUAUAGAUGUGGACCAUAUUACUUUGUCUGCAAGAGGUGUUACUAUUUUAGUUGAUAGUCUGUAUUCAGUUCAUUCCACUACUAUUAUCUUGACAGGGAAUUUAAUAGCUAGCCUGGCUCAUUCUAGAGCUGCUAUUCUAGAAGCAUUUACCACAUUAGGGACAAUCCAACAGCUCUGCUAUCAUUUGUAUUCUGGAAAAGAAGAGGUUCGCACAGCUUGCUCCUGUGCUCUCGGCUACUUAACUUACAAUGCGAAUGCUUUCCGCAUCCUACUAAAGGAAUGCAGAAAUAAGCCUAACCAGUUCCUCCGUAUAACAAAUAAUAUCAACAGAGAUGCAAGUAUCAACCCAGCUUUUUUAAAGGAAUUUCAAAUGCAGCAACGAGUGGGACUUCCUUCCUUAAGUCUAGAGAAAAAUGGAGGACCAUCCAUAAUUCCUGUCUUUAAAAAAGGGAAAGAGCAUCGAAGAAAAUUAAAACCUAAAAUUCAACCAAGAGAUUCUUUGACUUUCAUACCUCCUGUAACCAACUUCAUGGGACUCUUCAGAGCAACAAAAAAGGCCCCUGUUUCUCACAAUAUUUUUUCCUUUUCAUCUGCAAUUUCAUCAGAUAUCACAGAAGUAUCAAGACCAAGAAUAGUGUUUUUGAGCCAACUCGGGAAACAUGUACAGAAAGCUAACCCAGAGCCUACGGAAGGCUAAUAAAACCAUUAAU